UGAAGGGCUCCGCUUGCGCCCAGAGGGAUUCAAACCUAACCACACUCUGGAUACAAGUUGAGAAGGUCCGCACCUGGUGGUGUACAUUUUUGGGACCUACGAAAGUGGAUCCGACGUAACAAGAGAUGGAGCAGGAGUGAGUGGGCUUCGGUGCGACUCGCGCUUUCUCCCGGAUCUCAGUCUCAGAGGUCCAUUCCCAGCCAGGGAAAGUUCUGCUGGGAAUGAAGAGUGAGCGGAGCACAGGGACGAACGAAGUGAGCGGGAGUGAUGUAGAGAUGCGAUGUGAGCGCUGCCCUAUACUCGGGUGGGAGCUCUUUGCCACACCUCGUCUCCAGCACCCCUGAGACCCCGCAGCCCGGACCGGUGCUCUUGCAACAACUCUUGUGCGCCUUGGAGCGCCACUUCUUCUUCUUCCUCCUGUUUCCAACCCUACCCGACCCUGCGGGAUGCGCGCACUCCGUGCGAGAAGCUCGGGUGGAGACGGCGUGGCGAACUCGUGGAGAUACUAGUUUCGCACCACAGCAUCAAACUUGUUUUGGGGUCGAGGGAGGGGGGGAGUACUAAUUAAUAACGAGCUUCUGGAACCAUCUGGAGGUACAGACAAGUUCUGAGAAGGUCCGAGGAGCGGAGGCAGGAUCGCCGCGCAGCGCAGCGUCCGAACUGAAAGGAACGCUCAAGUUUUUCCGUGAACGCUGCGCAUCGGCGACCGGACCGGAGGGGACCGAACCGGGUCGCGCUCGGAGCGCAGGAUCAGUAGCUGGCAGCGGAGCACGGAUUCGUGGUCCAGCCGGCGUGGUUGAGCUGCAGAGCCGCCCGGAGAAACGCACCCAAGGACUAUGAGGGAGCAGAGUUCAGCUCUGCCGCACUGAUCCGAUUGCCGAGCGCUUCCCCCGAGCUCCACCUGGAACGAUGUCCGCCCGUUUUGCGGGGAUUCUCCUUCUACUAGCCGGAUUUCUGCACGUCUGCUCGGGAUCCCGUCUGCGCCAGGAGGACUCCCCACCCCGCAUCGUGGAGCACCCCUCUGACCUGAUCGUGUCCAAGGGCGAGCCAGCCACCCUCAACUGCAAGGCGGAGGGGCGGCCCAUGCCCACGGUGGAGUGGUACAAGGAUGGUGAGCGCGUGGAAACGGACAAAGAUGACCCGCGAUCCCACCGCAUGCUGUUGCCCAGCGGCUCGCUCUUCUUCCUGCGCAUCGUCCAUGGACGCCGGAGCAAGCCGGAUGAGGGAAGCUACGUGUGUGUUGCCCGCAACUACCUGGGGGAGGCCAUGAGCCACAACGCCUCACUGGAAGUGGCCAUUCUCCGAGAAGACUUCCGACAGAACCCUUCAGAUGUGAUGGUAGCAGCGGGUGAGCCAGCCGUGAUGGAGUGCCAACCACCUCGGGGACACCCAGAACCUACUAUCUCCUGGAAGAAGGAUGGUGCUACCAUUGAUGAUCGAGAUGAGCGCAUCACGAUCCGAGGUGGGAAGCUGAUGAUCACAAAUGCAAGGAAGAGCGAUGCCGGCAAGUACGUGUGUGUGGGGACCAACAUGGUUGGGGAGCGGGAGAGUGAGAUUGCGGAGCUGACAGUACUGGAGCGGCCCAGCUUUGUGAAACGGCCCAGCAGUCAGGUGGUGCUAAUGGAGGAAAGUGUGGAAUUCCGCUGCGAUGCCCGGGGUGACCCAGUCCCUACAGUGCGCUGGAGAAAGGAGGAUGGAGACCUGCCCAAGGGAAGGUUUGAAAUCCGGGAGGACCACACCCUGAAGCUGCGGCGGGUGACAACAGCAGACGUGGGCUCUUACACGUGCGUGGCUGAGAACAUGGUGGGAAAAGCCGAAGCGUCCGCUACGCUAACUGUACACGUCAUGUCUGUCCCUCCGGUGUUUGCUGUCCGCCCUCGGAACCAGGUGGUAGCUGUGGGGCGCACCGUCACCUUUCAGUGCGAGGCCACAGGAAACCCCCAACCCGCAAUCUUCUGGCAGAGGGAAGGGAGCCAGAACCUGCUAUUCUCCUACCAGCCUCCACAGCCCUCUAGCCGCUUCUCUGUCUCCCAAACGGGUGACCUCACCAUCACAGACGCCCAGCGCUCCGAUGCUGGAUUCUACAGCUGCCAAGCCCUCAACAUCGCUGGCAGCGUCAUCACCAAGGCCCUGCUGGAGGUCACCGAUGUGGUGUCUGACCGGCCCCCUCCAGUGGUCCGCCAGGGUCCCACCAACCAGACGGUGUCUGUAGAUGGGACUGUAGUUCUGAAUUGCUUGGCCUCAGGUACCCCCACUCCCACCAUCCUGUGGAGGAAGGAUGGAGUGUUGGUGUCCACCCAUGACUCACGGGUCAGACAACUGGACACAGGCGCCCUGCAGAUCCGCUAUGCCAAGCUGGGAGACACGGGAAUGUACACUUGCACAGCAUCCACCCCUAGCGGAGAGGCUUCCUGGAAGGCCUACCUGGAGGUCCAAGAGUUUGGAGUUCCAGUGCAGCCUGCUCGGCCCACAGACCCCAAUCUGAUCCCCAGUGCCCCCUCAAAGCCUGAGGUGAUGGAGGUCACACGCACAUCUGUCACUCUGUCCUGGAAGCCCAACCUGGCUGGGGCCACUCCCACCUCCUAUAUCAUCGAGGCCUUCAGCCACGCCUCAGGGAGCAGCUGGCAGACGCUGGCAGAACAUGUCAAGACAGAGAGCUUUGUCCUCAAGAGCCUGAGGCCUGGUGCCGUCUACCUGUUCUUGGUGCGAGCCGCCAACGCAUACGGCCUAAGCGACCCAAGCCCCAUUACCGAUGCCGUGCGGACACAAGACAUCCCCCCCACCAGUCAGGGCGUGGACCACCGACAGAUUCAGAAAGAACUGGGAGACGUGGUGGUCCACCUGCACAACCCCACCAUCCUGUCUUCGUCUUCGGUCAGAGUACAGUGGACGGUGGAGCAGCAGUCCCAGUACAUCCAGGGCUACAAAGUGAUGUACCGCUCAGUCUCUGAGGGUGGGCAGCCACGAGGAGAGUGGGGCAUCUUUGAGGUUCGCACCCCAGGGGAGGACAAUGCUGUCGUGCCACAGCUCAAGAAAGGGGUCACGUACGAGUUCAAGGUGCGGCCUUUCUUCAACGAGUUCCAGGGUACAGACAGCGAGGUAAAAGUGGCCAAGACCCUGGAGGAAGCACCCAGUGCCGCUCCGCGUGGGGUCACCGUGAGGAACAGCGAUGACAACAGCACAGCUGUGGUGGUCUCAUGGCAGCCGCCCCCCGAGGACGAGCAGAAUGGAGUGGUCCAGGAGUACAAGAUCUGGUGUCUGGGGAAUGAGAGUCGGUACCACAUCAACCGGACCGUGGAUGGGUCCACAUUUUCGGUGCAAAUCCCUAGCCUGUCCCCUGGGGUGCGCUACAGCGUGGAGGUGGCCGCCAGCACGGGUGCCGGCCCCGGCGUGAAGAGUGAGGUCACGUUCUUCCAGCUGGACUCAUCAGGACGUAUCACCAAGACCCCUGUGGGCCCAGACCAGCCACUUUCCCAGCAGAUCUCAGAUGUAGUAAAGCAGCCGGCCUUCAUCGCAGGCAUUGGUGCAGCCUGCUGGAUCAUCCUCAUGGUCUUCAGCAUCUGGCUGUACCGCCACCGCAAGAAACGAAGUGGCCUAAGCAGCAGCUAUGCCGGCAUUCGCAAGGUGCCAUCGUUCACCUUCACCCCAACAGUGUCCUACCAGAGAGGAGGAGAGGCGGUGAGCAGCGCUGGGAGGCCCGGACUCCUGAACAUCGCAGAGCCGGCCGCUCAGCCGUGGCUGGCAGACACUUGGCCCAACUCCUGCUCCAACCCCAAUGACUGCUCCAUCAGCUGCUGCACGGCAGGCAACGGCAACAGCGACAGCAACCUGGCCACCUACAGCCGCCCAGCCGACUGCAUUGCAAACUAUAACAACCAGCUGGAGAAUAAGCAAACAAACCUGAUGGUGCCUGAGGCGGGUGUGUACAGUGACGUGGACCUCUCCAACAAGAUCAACGAGAUGAAGACCUUCAACAGUCCUAAUCUGAAGGAUGGCCGCUUUGUGGGCACCGGGAGCCAGCCAACACCCUAUGCCACGACCCAGCUCAUCCAGUCAAGCAUCACCAGCAACAACAUCAGCAGCGGGGGCGGGGGAGGAGGUGGCAGCAGCGGGGGUGAUGAGAAGCACUGCUGGAAGCCCCCAUCUGGCCAGUCACAGAAGCAGUCGGAGGUGACCACACAGUUGCAGUACAACAUCAUGGAGCAGAACAAGCUGAAUAAGGAGCACUUCCGAGGAGGAGACUGCCCCAUGCCGGCCACCAUCCCCUAUAGCCAGGCACACGAAGCACACCCGGGAGGUUCCUACAACAGCUCCGACAGGGGCAGCAACAGCACCUCCGGGAGCCAGGGUCAGAAGAAGGGAGCCCGCACUCCUAAGCUGUCAAAACAGGGCAAUAUGAACUGGGCUGACAUGCUGCCCCCACCCCCUGCAAACCCCCCUCCCUGCCGGAAUGCAGAUGAGUACUCUCUGUCCAUUGACGAGAGUUACGAUGCAGACAUGCAGUGCCCCGCCCCCCCGUCCCACAUGUACCUUCAGCCAGGCGAGUUAGAGGAGAUGGAGGAGGAGAUGGAGCGGGGCCCCACGCCUCCCAUCCGCGGGGCUGCCUCUUCACCUGCAGGUGUGUCCUACAGCCACCAGUCAACAGCCACGCUCACACCGUCACCGCAGGAAGAACUACAGCCUAUGUUGCAAGAGAGCCCGGAAACUGUGGGCCCCACCCAGCAUGACCGCAGGCAUCACACAGUGAGCCCCCCACCGCCCCCUAGGCCUCUCUCCCCCCAUCAUACCUACGGCUAUAUUUGCAGCCCCCUGACACUAGACACAGAGGUCAUGGAGGAAGAGGAGGAGGAUGAAGGUGAUGAGACAGAUGCAGAGAUGGCCCAAGGUCUCCCCCUCCAAUAUUCGCACCAUCACCAUUCCUCCCUCCAGCAGCAGUUGCACCCACGCAGGCUACUCCUGCGUGGCCUGGAGCAGACACCAGCUUCCAGCAUGGGUGACCUGGAGAGCUCUGUUACGGGUUCGAUGAUUAACGGCUGGGGCUCUGCAUCCGAGGAGGACAACGCCUCUUCUGGCCGCUCCAGCGCCGUCAGCUCCUCCGACGGCUCCUUCUUCACUGAUGCCGACUUUGCCCAAGCUGUGGCAGCAGCUGCUGAGUACUCUGGACUCAAAGUGGCCAAGUACCCUGGGACACUAAGCGAAGGGGCACCAUUAGGCCGUAAAUACCCUGUGGGUCCACCAGGCCACCGUCCUAGCAGCCCUGUGUCCACUGACAGCAACAUGAGCACUGCCGUCAUGCAGAAGCGUCCUCCCAAGAAGCAAAAGCAAAACCAGUCGGCCCACCAGCGCCGCGAAGCCUUUCAGGAAGACCUGCCUCCACCUCCCAUCCCACCACCAGCAGCACUGAAGUCCCCUACCCAUCCCUCCAAGGCAGCCUUGGAGGGCUGGGGGGUGACAUCCUCGAAGACAGGAUGCAGCGAGGCGCGGGACACGGAGUCCAGAAGAGGUGGCUCUGGUGGUUACCCAAGGACCAGCUCCUCUGAACGCCGGGAAGCACAGGAGCGACAGAAGGCCCCCCGUGGAGGCAAGGGGGGCAGGCAGGAGGGUCCAGCCAGCACCAAGGUCCGCCAGCAAUCAGGAGCAGAGGACAUACCUCCGUACAGUCGGCCAUCCUUCCCCACAGUGCAUAGUCCACGUGACCGAGACCCCAGCUCCUCCAGCUCCAUGUCCUCCCGGGGCUCAGGGGGUCGUCGCAGGGGAGAGUCGUCAGCCCUGGGAGGGCGACGCAACCCCAACGAAGGGGGGCAGAUCACCAUGGGGGCCUUUCAGCCUACAGACGAGGACCUGGAGCUAGUAGAGAGCUGAAGUCCAGUCUACGAGAGUUGAAAAUGCCGUCACAGCUUUUUGUUCCAGAGCCACCUGUCUCCGGAUUUUGAACAUUACAACAUCAGACAGUCAUCGUUUGCUGACAGUUACAUAAACUGAGUUUCUUCACUUCUGGGAAAUAGACCAAUAUUUUUUUUUUCUUUUUUUAUUGUCCAUGUAAGGAUAAAUGAAAGCAAGAGAAGGGUGCAUUCUGAGCAAAAUUGUGGAAUUUAGAUUUAAUUUCAAUGCAAUAUGGCUUACCACUUUUUCCAAGCUAUUGGUCUGGCACAAUUUGCCUGAUUAGAUAUCACAAAAUUCCUUGCAGUCAUGAGUUACUGUAAUAAAAUUAGCUACAAGCAGAAGGGGUAGGCUGUCUUGUAAAUAUAUAUAAAUAUAUACAUUUUUCUCUGUAAAAACCUUUUGUGGUACUUAAAAUUUGUCUUCCUUGUUUGUUAUUUUCAAUAAUUAUUGUUUUAUUAUACUGGUAAUUAUCAUUUCUUUUCAUUCGUUUUGUAAAUUGUUAAAAUCAUUUAACCACCCCAAGAAAGUACCACUUUUGGAUUAUUUUGUUGUAAUGCACUGUUAAAGUUUUUGUUGUUGUCAAUGUUUGUUAUGUUUUUGGUUUUAAAAGCACAAUCACUAAACUUUAUUUUAAACCAUUUUAUCUAUUAACCUUUUUGUCUUACUGGAAGACUACAGGUAUGACAGGAAAAAAAAAAUUGUGUCGGUUAUGAUGUAGCUAAAGGUGAGCAAAUGUUUCAGAGGUGUAACUUUUGUUUAGGUGGGACAGGUUGGGGUCGAGUAUGUUGGUUGGGUAUGAAUUUUAGGUUUUUUCAAGAUAUGGAUUCAUAAUCUGGCUCCAAUGGGGAAUGCAGGGCAGAUAAUUAUGUCAGACCUCAGUGGUACCUGUAAAACAAGAGCAGUGCAACCUGUGGAAGUGAAUUCAGGUAAUAGUAGUUACUUUGUCUACCUAUGCACUUAAAAGAACAUGAUAUACAGGAUGUGAGCAGUGCUUUAGGGGCUGUUUUGGUGGGAGGUGUUACCAGUACUGUGGACAUGCCUUGUUUCCAAGAUAAGAGGGACUUUGCCUAUUCAGGACUUCUGAGGAUCCCUUCAGAAAAUGGAAAAGCAAAAAAAGCGAAAUGAAUGCAUCCUGAAGACCCCCCAGUAUCUAAGGGGCUACCCCUUGAUGGACUUUUCAUCAACCUCUCUUUUCGCCUCACGAAGAUCCGCCCACGAUUCUCGACGAAAGAAAGUAUAACCAGUGGUGUUAACAUUGAGGUGCUGCUUCCUGGAUCCUGGACCCAGGACAGCCCAACUCCAGUGCCAUCCGUUGAAGCCAACCUUUGUGUGUUGUUUGUUUUUGUGCUGCGGCUGAACUGAAGCAGAGUGAGCUGACUGUGCUUUUCAAGGGAAGCUAGCGUUGUUUUGAAUUUCAUUUUUUUAUAGUAAAAGGCAACUUCUUUAUUGUUAGCCAUACAUUUACAUAUUGAGGAUCACGUAAUCUGAAAAAUGUG